AUGCGGCAAAACUGGGUUUUAUACUAUUUUUCGUUUUUGGUAGUGAUUUCGGAUGUUUUCGCGGAGGAUUUGGUGGAUUUGAGCAAAAAAGUUGUGGCGGCUGUGAAUUGUGGUGGGUUUAGGGGGGAAAUCAAAAUUUGGGCAUAGCUUCCGCAUCUCAGCCAGAUUUCUAGCAAUUUUCCAGCCAGGAAAUGACAAUUGAAUUUUUCGAAUACGAAAUUUCGUCCAAAAAUUACUGCAAAUCACAAAAUUCACAGAUUUUCAACUCAAUUUUCAGGAGGAGACGAAACUCUCGGAGCCUAUAAUAUUUUAUACGAAAAAGAUACGUCAAACGCAGGAACCGCAUCAGAUCACGGAACUCAAUUCGUAUUUCCCAAUGCAAAUCCAAAAGAUGUUGAAAUUUAUCAAACUGAAAGAUGGAGCGAUUCAAAUUUCGAAUAUAAUUUCCCACUUAAAGAAGCAGGUUUCUAUGUGAUAAUUUUGAAAUUCAGCGAAGUUUAUUUCAAAAGAUCGCAUCAAAAAGUGUUCGAUGUUUCGAUAAAUAAUCACUUGGUUGUGGAGAAUUUGGAUAUUUUUCAAAAAGCUGGAGGAACUGGUUAUGGUUAUGAUGUUUAUGUGCAAGUUAAGAUAAGUCGAAAUGAGGAAAAUGGAAGUGAUGAGAUUUUGAUUGGUGAAGAUCAGGUUCAGAAAUAUUAUGGGAAUUUGAAGGUGGAAUUUUUGAAAGGCGCUGCUGAUAAUCCGAAAAUUAAUGCGAUUGUUGUACUAAAAGGUAGGCUUUUAGAAAUUCGAGGUUUUACCUUCUCUUCGUUUAACUACAGCUAGGUAAUUACAAUUUUACAGGAAAAUUGCAUGAAAUGCCAAAAGCUCCUGAGCCAGUUACACCAACUGCUGAAGAAGAAGAGGAAGAGCGUUAUGAGGUAAUACUAAGCCUAUACCUAGAUCUAAAGCCCUUCCUUCCCACCUCCCGCUCCUAAAAUCACCUAUUUUUAGCCGCCUCCAACCCAACAUCACCAAAAUACCGAAUAUGAUCAAGAAUACGAGGAAACCUACGAAGAAGCGCCGCAAACUUCUGACGAAUUAAAUCCAUUUGAAAGAGAACUCGACUUCAAAUACAUUGCAAUUAUCCUAAUUAUCAUUAUUUUUAUCCCAGUGCUUUAUUUGAACAGAAAUCAACGAGUUUAA